CAUCCUAUACAUUACAUAGGUAUAAUGUGGGUAUAAUAUACCUAUAUAGUAGGACUUAGCGCCGAACGCCUUGUUGACGUCAUGAAGAGAAUCAACAUGGCUGGCAGGCGACUGAAAGCGCGCGCGUGUACCGCGGCGGUAGGUGGUGUGCUUGGCUCUACGAGUACUAGACUCGAUCGACUCGAGUUCAGUACCCGGUUGACAGCCGGUGAGGCGGCGGCGUGACGUGGUUUUUUCAAGCGAAUAUUACGCGCACGCCGCCUCUGCGCGAUUUUCUAUUGUAAAUAAAUUUUGUAUACAAAAUAGCUAACGUGCUAAUGAAGAACGUGAACUUGCAGUGUGUGCUAAGCUGUUUUAUUAAAACAAUUUAAAAUUGUGUUGUUUAUUUAUACGGAACACGCAAUGUAGUAUCUUUGAUACCAUUACUCUGUCAGGGAGAACAAAUCGCGUAAUUCACAAUUUCACAUUUGAAACAUGUCAUUUAUUUAUUAAAUGACGUGUGGGAUUAUACAUGCGUUGAUUGUUGAGUGCUUGAUCAACACGCUCUUAUUUUAGUGCGCGUUAAUGACUGCCUUCGAUGAAUAUAAACAAAAAGUGUUGCGGAUGGUUUUGUACAAAUCCACCGAAGUGUUAGAAAAUCCAUUUGGAAUUUGAUGAUUAUAAUAUAACAAUGGCGGACCGUGAACGUCCUGCGAAAACCCCCAUUAGGGUGGGUUUUUAUGACAUCGAGAGGACCAUUGGCAAGGGAAAUUUUGCCGUCGUUAAGUUAGCACGACAUCGAAUAACGAAGACUGAGGUAGCAAUUAAGAUAAUAGAUAAAUCGCAAUUAGACGCCAGCAAUCUUCAAAAAGUCUACAGAGAGGUGGACAUCAUGAAGAGGCUGGAUCAUCCUCAUAUUAUUAAGCUUUAUCAGGUCAUGGAGACGAAGAACAUGAUCUACAUAGUUUCUGAGUAUGCAAGUAAAGGAGAAAUAUUUGAUUACAUCGCGAGAUACGGUCGAAUGGCUGAGCAAGCAGCUCGCCGCAAGUUCUGGCAGAUCCUUUCCGCCGUGGAGUACUGUCAUGAAAGGCGUAUUGUUCACAGAGAUCUCAAGGCGGAGAACUUACUACUGGACGCGAAUAUGAAUAUCAAGAUCGCAGACUUUGGGUUCAGCAACUAUUACGCGACUGGGGAACUGCUCGCGACGUGGUGUGGGUCUCCACCCUACGCCGCCCCAGAAGUCUUCGAAGGCAAGAGAUACACAGGCCCAGAAAUAGACAUAUGGAGUCUCGGCGUGGUGUUAUAUGUGCUCGUAUGCGGGGCUCUGCCAUUCGACGGCUCCACUCUUCAGUCGUUACGGGACCGAGUCCUCUCCGGCAGAUUUAGGAUACCGUAUUUUAUGAGCGAAGAUUGCGAGUCACUGAUCCGCAAAAUGCUUGUAUUGGAGCCGAUGAAGAGGUACACGAUAGAGCAGAUUAAGAAGCACAGGUGGAUGGCAGCGGAGCCGUACGUGGUGCCUUCAGUGACAGCCGACCCGGCCCGGAGCCCCGCGCAUGCGCCCACGCACACCGAACCAAACGAACAAGUACUGAGGCUCAUGCAAAGCCUAGGCAUCGACCCUAUUAAAACUAAAGAGAGCCUCAGGUCCAAUAGUUAUGACCACCACGCAGCGAUAUACCUCUUGCUGUUGGAAAGGCUGAGAGCGCGAGCUGCUAGCGGCGCCACUGUCUCUAAUGUCGAGGCCCGCACUCGGCCAUCCCGGAGGCCCUCCUCUGUGGCCGACCAGGCUCUAGCCAAAGAGGCUCAUGAUGCCAGACGAGAACAUCACAAUAGAUUACUUCAUGCUGGCGAUCCUCAAUCGAGGGAGUACAAUAGAGCCACACCGACAAUAUCCACUGCACCGGCGGAUUCCUCGUCUGCCGAAACGCAGCGACUAUUGUCCCUUGCGGCCGUCAACAUGACCGAACAACGACUGCUCCAGCGAAACUCCGACCCCUCGGAUACGCAUCGGAGCUUCCUCGUUGGCAAUCUUGACACUAUCUCCAGAAGUCAUGAAUCAGAAUCAACUAGGCUGCUCUCCAUGAGAAACAUCGAUGUAACUCAGUCAAACCAAAGGUUAGGUGCUAAAGUAACUGAUCCCCCUGUGCCAACUCACAGACUGCUUGCCUCGACGUACGAACAGCAACAGAAUAUAUUGA